CCCUGUAUCAUUCUCAUUCCCUCUCUCUCUUUUCGGCGCUCUCCGUGUUUCGGCGUCCGAUUUCUCGCCGUCUCAUUCUCUCCGAAACUCUAACUCAGGUAGUGAUUUUUUGCACCACAUGUAUGUGUUCUUCACUUUUUGAGUGAGUUUAACUGAAGAGACAUGCAAACCGAGAAUAAUACCAAUCCCCCGACCACGCCUAGACUUCGGCAUCGCAGGCGCCCUACUGAGGUCACAUCAGAUGCUGGCAGAGCAAAUGGAGACCAUUUACUUGUGCAUGACCGUAGCAAAUACAAGUCUAUGCUGGUUCGUGCUUACUCAACCGUUUGGAUGAUUGGGGGCUUUGCAUUGAUUGUCUACAUGGGUCAUCUCUAUAUUACAGCCAUGGUGGUUGUAAUCCAGAUCUUUAUGGCACGAGAGCUGUUCAAUUUAUUGAGGAAAGCUCAUGAGGAGCGGGAUCUCCCAGGAUUCAGGCUAUUAAAUUGGUACUUUUUCUUCACUGCGAUGCUAUUCGUAUAUGGCCGCAUUCUCAGUCAACGGCUUGUCAAUACUGUGAAUUCAGACAAGUUUUUGUAUCAAUUUGUGAGCAGCCUCAUAAAGUAUCAUAUGGUUGUCUGUUACUUUUUGUACAUCACAGGCUUUGUGUGGUUCAUUCUCUCAUUAAAGAAGAAGCUGUACAAGUAUCAAUUUGGCCAGUAUGCAUGGACUCACAUGAUUCUAAUUGUGGUCUUUACACAAUCUUCCUUCACUGUGGCCAACAUUUUUGAAGGAAUAUUCUGGUUUCUUCUUCCAGCUACACUUAUAGUUAUCAAUGAUAUCGCAGCUUAUAUAUGUGGUUUCUUUUUUGGAAGAACCCCACUGAUCAAAUUGUCUCCAAAGAAAACAUGGGAGGGGUUCAUUGGAGCAUCUGUUGUCACUAUCAUAUCUGCAUUUGUGCUUGCAAAUAUCCUUGGUCGUUUCCAGUGGCUAACAUGUCCACGAAAGGAUUUAUCAACUGGUUGGCUGCACUGUGAUCCGGGCCCAUUGUUUAAGCCAGAGGAAUUCAAUUUAUCUGGAUGGGUUCCUCAAUGGUUUCCCUGGAAGGAAAUCUCUGUUCUGCCAGUUCAAUGGCAUGCCGUAUGCUUUGGUUUAUUUGCAUCAAUAAUAGCACCUUUUGGGGGCUUCUUUGCAAGUGGUUUUAAACGAGCUUUUAAAAUCAAGGAUUUUGGUGAUAGCAUUCCUGGACAUGGUGGAAUGACAGAUAGAAUGGACUGCCAGAUGGUGAUGGCCGUAUUCUCAUACAUCUAUCAUCAGUCGUUUGUUGUGGCUCAAACCCUCUCAGUUGAAAUAAUCUUGGAGCAGAUAUUGACGAAUCUCACUUUCGACGAGCAGCAAGAUCUGUACACGAAGCUAGGCGAAGUCUUGCACAAGCGGCUGUAUGGACCAUAAAUCUGAUGAAAAUGGAAAACUUUGUAUAUGUUGUUGUUUUCCAGUUAUUUUCAUUCAAAAUAUUUGGGUGGAAGCAUUUUUAGUUCGCAUACUCUGUAUAGUGUAUGUUAGCCAAUUAAAUAUACAUACAAAACUCCCAACAAAGUGUUGUAUUGCUUCUCACUUACCGUCUCUCUCUUAAGUUCCCCUAAUUAAAUUUCACAGUACUAGGGGUCAUAUUAUUAAUUAUUGCUCCAAUUAACAACAUUAAGGCAUGAUUUUUACA